UGGUAUCAGUGCCAUAUCCUUGCGAAUACAAGUUCCCGUAUCCACAAGCUCCUCCUGGAAGAAAAGACGUGAAGUUUAGCCAAGUUCAAAUGGAAGCUAGAACAGGAUCAUGGUGCUAAAGGCUCGAAGGAACAAACAAAGCAGGGACGAGGAGGAGGAGUUCUAUCUGGUGACUUGCCCAUGGUUUCGAGAGCGUCGUAUUCUCCGUAAAAGGUCGCGUGAGCAUAUCUCCAGAGGCCUCCUUUGUAUCUGGAUGGAGUGGAGUAAGAAGAACUAUAAACUGCUGCUACUGCGAGUGCUUGGAUCGCCAGAAGAAUGCUUACAACCAGUGCUAAGAUCAUCGCAAAAUUCCGGUCUGGGGAUGAAACGGCGGUGAUCCUCUCUUUGGUUUUGUGAAACUUGGGAGCGAUGUGCCAUGAACGAGGCAGACAACGCACGUAGUUUUUCUAGAGCAGUACUUGGUCGUACUGCCACGUCGUGUCCUCCAUGGCGCCAUAUCGACGUCGUGUCCAUGUCGGACUAUUUGCUAGUGCUGGGAUUCGAACCGCCGCCGCGUGCUGCUACACUGCCACGUCCUUGCCACGUUGGACAGAUCCGUGCACGUCAUAGUCUCUUUGGGAAGAUCAAGCUUGAGAGAAGCGAGCGAUCGAUCAGUUCGUCAAUCCCGAGAGGAAAAGAUGGAUUUCGUCCCCAAUGUUCCUCGCCUGGUAGGUCCAGCAGGUGAUUCCGGGGGAUUCUUCGCAGAUCUGUUUGGAUCGGCUCCAUCGGGCUCUCUGGUGCCCUCGUCUCGCCACGACGCCGUCGCCCACACCGCCGCAGAGCUCAAGCUGUCCUCCUCGUCCUCCUCCCCCACGGGAGGGCACCAAUCCAAGAAAUGCUCCAUGGUGCCGCACAACAGGCCCGCCAUCAGCAUCCUCCCCGGCGAAUCGAUCAAGCUGGAUCACAAUGGCCUGCUGCUGCCGUCGCCAGGAUCGCCAUCGCACUCGUCGCCUCUCCUUGCCGCGGCUGCCUCGCCCUCGCCCUCGCCCGCCAAGAAGGCUUCCAGGCCUCUGGCCACCGCUGCCGUCGAUGCCGAUGCUACCAACAAAAUCGACGGCGCUGCUCAGCCCCUUGCCUGAGAGUUUGUGGUCUCUCGCAGUUUAACUACCUGGAUCUGUCGACACUACCUACAUACAUACGUAAACACUACAAGUACCUUGUACAUAGUUUUCUCCUCCAAUGCUUGUCUUGUUUGCUCUAUAAGCACUUGUAACUUUCUUGUCUUCUUUCCAUUGCUAUAAAAGCUUCGAGCACUGAUAGAUUCGUUGGAGCC